AUGGCAAACAAAGAGAGAGGGACGGCAAAUGAUCAUGUGCUCUCAUCUGCAUGUUGGGCUCUGUCAUAUCUUUCUGACGGUUCAAAUGAUGGAGUCGAAGCUAUAAUGGAGGCCGGUGUCUGUCCACGACUUGUGGAGCUACUCAAACACCCAUCGGCUUGUGUGCAAAUUCCUGCAAUUCGAACUGUCAGUAACAUCGCAAGAGAUGAGCGUUGGAGACAGGCAGCGAUUGAUGUUGGUGAAUUGAUUGAAUCUUUAAUUGAUUUGCUAGAAACUGCUGAGUUUGCUAUAAAGAAAGAAGUUGUGCAGGCUUUUGUAAAUGUUAUCUCUGGUCGAACUAGUGGCAGUGUUGCGGUGCAGAGGGUAAAACGCACGACUGACUUCAAUUUCGUCGUCAAGUUGAUAUAUGAAGCUCAACAAGGCUUGGAUAAAAUUGAAGCCUUGCAGAGCCACGACAACGAUGAAAUCCGGGAGAAAGCUUUGGAGGUAUGGGAGCCGUUAUAUAACGAGGCACCACAUGUAUGGAAAUUCUUUGAAUGGUUGGGAUUCCUUUCUCUUUGGUGCUAA